AUGAGUGCAUUCUUAAGUUGUGUACCAGGAAAUGUUAAUACUGUAUGGAAACAAAAUGGAAUUACAGUUGCUGGAUGUAAUGAACAAAAUGGAUCGUUAGGCCAAGCUAAUCUUCUUCGAGGUAUCGAUAUUGAUGAUGACUUUACACUUUAUAUUGCUGAUCAAGGGUUUCACCGUGUUGUUAAGUGGAAAUUGAAUACAACGAUUGGUCAAGUUAUUGCAGGCGGUAAUGGAAGGGGAGACGGAAUAGAUCAGUUAAGUAAUCCAACAGACGUGGUGAUUGACAGGAAGAAAAAUACUCUCAUUAUUUGCGAUGCUGCAAACAGUCGAUUGAUAAGAGUGUUUUUACAUCAUAAUUCGGAGACUCACCCUACAAUUAUCUUAAAAGAUUUUUGCCAUAAUCUAGCGAUUGAUAGCAAUGGAACUAUUUAUAUAUCGAACUACUGGGAUGGGGUUAUAAAACGAUGGAAUGAACGAGAAUCGAGUACAAAAAUAGUUGCCGGUGGACAUGGACGUGGAAAUAACUUGGAUCAGUUGAAUUCGCCUACAUAUUUCUUCGUUGAUCAGGAUUAUUCAAUUUAUGUAUCGGAUAGGGAUAAUCAUCGCGUGAUGAAAUGGAUAAAAGAUGCACAACAAGGAGUAGUCAUUGUUGGGGGACAAGACAAAGGAGAUAAAUCUACACAAUUAAGAUCGCCUAAAGGAUUAAUGAUCGAUAAUUUAAAUAAUAUAUAUGUAGUUGAUGAAGAAAAUCAUCGAGUGAUGCGAUUUUCUCAAGGAUCUCGGCAAGGAAUUAUUAUUGUUGGUGGAAAUGGAGUGGGAAACAAAUCAAAUCAAUUUCACACUCCCGAAGAUAUUAUAUUCGAUAAACAAGGCAAUCUUUAUGUUACUGAUUAUUUUAAUCGUCGAGUACAAAAAUUUUAUAUUGCUAAUUGA